AUGGCUGUACCAAUAGAGAUGCCCCAGAGAAGAAUGUUGAAUUGGUUACCACCCUUUCAGAAGGAUCAAAUAAUGGGGCACCGUCACAAUUUUGUCCAGAAUAGUUUCAAUCUAGUGUACAACUGUGAAGUUAUGACAAUGGAGGGCAAACGUCUGAUUACAGAGUGUAUAAGGUUUCAAAAAAUCCUGUAUCAUCCCAUCAAAAAAACUGAGUUUGUUCCAAAAAAUGGCUCUGAACUUUUCGUGAAGAAUAUUCCCUUCGACGCUGAGGAAGAUGAGUUGGUCGAUUUUUUCGAAAAAUGUGGUGAAAUAUUUCAGUUGAGACUGAUGAUGGCAGAUGACGGAGUUUUAAACAGAGGAUUCUGCUACGUGUCCUAUAUGUCUCCAGAAGAAGCAAAAAAGGCUGCAAAGGAACUGAAAUGUACCGCAUUUCGGUCAAAUGUAUUCCUCAGUAUCGAGAGUUCCUUGAAUAAUUGUCGAAUAUUCAUAGGAGGAAUUCCCACCUUCAAGACUAAGGAUCAGAUCUGGCAAGAACUGGAAAAAAACGGGGUAAAAAACAUCGUAGACGUCAUCAUGUACAGGAGUUACAUUAACAGAGCAGAAAACCGAGGAUUCGUUUUUGUGGAGUUUCAAACACACGAGCAAGCUGCAAGUUUCCGUGUUAAACAUGUAGAUUCGCUGAAAUUAUGGGGAAAGCCAGCUAUAGUUGAUUGGUCUAUACCGAUUCCAGUACCUGAUACAUCAGUUUUAGAAAGUGUAAAGAUAAUUUAUCUGAGAAACCUGGAGGUUACUGAGACACCAGAAAAUCUUGAAGGAAUGCUGCUUCAAUACGUGGAAAAAAAAUGUCUCGAGAAAGUAUAUAAAUUCAAAGAUUACGCCUUCGUCCAUUUGUCAACGAGAGAAGAGGCAGAAAAGCUGAUGGUACUCUUGAAAGAUCAUUAUAAGGAUACUCUUGUGGAAAUUGAAUGGGCCAGACCACCCAGUAAAUAUACAAGUCCAGAAUAUCGCCAUCAGAAGAUAUGUAGUUUUUCAAAGCCACGUUCACGAACAUGCUCUUCCUCAUCAAAUUUGUCGCAGAAUAGUGAUGAAUGCAGCCCCUCUAGAUGGAGUCCCAAGCCAUUGGAACAAUCUGCCAAGUCGGACAAAGAAACGCAGACUUGCAAAGUAUCACAGGAAUCUCCACCAAUUUUAUUAAAUCAAUUGAAUAUAGAUAAUAAACAGGAAUUGAGACCAGAGACUACAGACCAUUUAAUGUGUGGAAUUGCAUAUGAUUCAGCUGCGAGAGGGUAA